CUAGUUAUUUCUGAUAAAUAUAAAAUGGGUGGGAAUGUGGGAAAAUAAAAACUUGGCAGAAAAAAAUAACCUUAUUACAACGUAAAUUGGUUAAUCUAUUUUAUCUACUACUACAUUAUUCCAAUGGAAAAUAGUUCUCCUGUUGUUCAACAACCAACAUCAGUACAAAGGCAGACAUUCGAAAGAGAAUGGAGUAGUGGACUUUGUGCUUGUUUUGAUGACCUACCAACAUGUUGUCUAGUUCUAUUCUGUCCUCAUUGUUACAUGUGUUAUUUAUAUAAUAAAGAAGGGGAAUCGUGCUGGGUUCCAUUCUGUGGUGCAGGCAUUUUACCAUUACGUAUUAAACAUCGUGUUAUGCACAAAAUAAUGGGUACUCUAAUGAAUGAUGUUUGUAUUACAUGCUUUUGUGGACAAUUAGCUACAUGUCAAUUAAAACGUGAUAUAGAUUAUGCCAAAUCUAUUAGAAUGGAAAUUUAAAUAAUAUUGCACACACACACACAAAGAGAGAGAGAGAGGGAGAAAUAUGGUCAGGUUUUUCUCGUAAACAUCGAAAAAACUAGUCUGCUGUUUAUUUUUUAAAUGUUCAAUUUUACAUUUUGAAAGGUUCACUCUGUUUUUUUUAUAGAAAAACUGUAGAAAUUUAACACUUACACAGAUAAUUAAUUAUAUUAGAUUGAAUGAUUUGAAUGCAAUUUUCCAAUGAAAACAAACAAAUAGACUUGUUUAUAUUGAAUUGCUCAUUUAUAAAGACAAAACAAAACA